UUAAGUUGUAGAAGUGCAGUUUUUGUGUUGCUUGAGUUCCCUUACAUCAGGGAAAACCCUCUUCUGAGCGCUUGCUGGUCUCACCAUGUGUCAAAUUUACCAUGGGACUGUCAGGAAUUUCAUACUUUGCUUCCAAAACAGCUAGAGAGCAGGAGGACCGGAGAGAUUGAGGCUCUGUGUGUAUGUGUGUGCCUGACACAAACCUGGCCGUCCUACAGGACUCUCAAUUUCAACCAGCUCUGUGCCAAAAGGACACCUCUGGGAUAUAGAUGCGCUUUUUGGAGUCUUUUCUCCCAGAUUGUCAUUUAGUUGAAGCUGGUUGGCUGUGUGUGUAAGAUGUGUGGGGGUUACAGCUGCAUGGUGGGGUGUAGUGAUCGAGGAAAUACCUAAGAGGAGAGCCCUGUAGAAACUGAGAUAGGAGUAUGUUCUGGAGGACGAUAGUGGCCACCUUUCACUUGUGGUUCUGGAUGGUGAGUAUGGGCCCUGCUAGAGCUUCAGGCCCUGCUGAGGGAGCGUCAUGCUGGGGUGGACGACCCUGGGCUGCUGGGAACUUCAGCUGUGUGGAUCCUGAGCCUUAUCUGUUACUUGGCCUUGGAAAUGGCAUCCAGAGGAUGAACCUUGAUGGUGGGGACCAGAGAAGGAUCGUAUCUAGGGUGGGAAGGUCUAUCUUGUUAGACUUCCAUUUAAGUGAGGGGACAAUGUUUUGGGCUGACACACAUGCAGGACAAAUCAACAGGGCAGGACUGGAUGGAACAGGCAGACAGGAACUUCUCUCAUCAGUGAAAAGAAUCACAGGUCUGGCUGUGGACUGGAUUGAAAACUCAGUCCUCUGGAGCAAUGCAGAUAAAGGAUCGAUACACAGAAUGGACACAGAUGGGAGGAAUGAAAAGACUGUCUUGAGAGACCUUUCUCAGCCCAAAAGUGUUGUUAUUGAUCCAAAUGAGAGAUAUAUUUUCUGGUUGUCAGAUGGAGUGACUCCCAGUAUCCAGCGUUCAGACGUGACAGGUGGGAAGAAGGUGACAGUGCUGAAAGUUGCAGACAGACUAAAGGUUCUGACAAUAGACCACCGGGACAGGAGACUGUUCUGGGUUCAGCAAGGCCAAGGAGGGCUCACUGCAAUGGGCUCCUGCAACUAUGAUGGCAACAUUAUCAACGUCUUUAAUCAGCCCUUCAGACCACAGGCUCUGAGGAUGACGAUUUUCCUGGAUUAUGUGUACCUAACAGACUUUAAGUCAAAAAGAAUAAUACGGGUAAACAAGUACACAGGGGGCCGAGGGGAGAAUGUCAAUUCCAAAAGGAUGCCGCACCCCCCUGCUGAUGUCAAAGUGGUACAUCCCAUCAAUCAGCCGGUGGUGGAAAUUCCAACUCCAUUUAAUCCAGGCUGCAGUCGACACACAGGAGAGUGUGUGAAAGUGUGUUCCAGUCCCAGUGACACCGGUCCUUGCCACUGCAGGGAUGGUUUUUCCCUCAGUAAACAAGGCAACUACUGUGAAGAUAUCAAUGAAUGCGCCCUGUGGAAUCACGGCUGCUCACUGGGAUGUGAGAACGUCCCGGGCUCUUACUUCUGCACCUGCCCUAAGGGUUACAUGUUACUGCCCGAUUUGAAGACCUGCCAAGAGACUAAACCAUGUGUGGAGAAUGGUACAGUUUGUGAUCAUGGAUGUGUACAUACAGCAGAAGGAGAUGUGUGUGUGUGUCCAGAGGGAUCUGUGCUAAAUUCUGAUGGCCGUUCAUGCACAGGCUGUUUGUCUGCGAAUCAGGGGGGCUGCAGUCAGUUGUGUGUGACUUUAUUUCCAGGCAGGUGGGUGUGUGAGUGCCAGCCUGGAUACCAGCUACAGCCGGAUGGCAAACACUGUGCUGCCACAGGACCUCCAUCGUACCUGUUGUUUGCCAAUGUAGUGGAUAUAAGAAAGAUUAACACAAAUGGCAAACAGAGCAGAAAACUGCUGGAGGAGCCGAGAGGCACUAUCAUUGCUGUGGAUUAUGAUCCAGUGCAGAAAAGGAUGUAUUUUGCAGAUAAAGGCCUGAAGCGUAUUGAGAGGGCUUCACUGGAUGGAGGCUUCAGAGAGAUGCUGUUCUCCACUGGACUCGACUCACCCGAGGGUCUGGCUGUAGACUGGGUCCAUCGCAAGCUAUACUGGACUGAUAGAGGAUUAUCCUCUAUUUCCCGCAGCAGUUUAAAUGGCCUUGACAGGGAGAUUUUUAUAGAUAAAGACAUCCAGAAACCCAGAGGCAUUGCCCUACAUCCUCAGGCACAGAAGGUAUAUUGGACAGACAUGGGUAGUCGUCCUGCAGUGGAGCGGUCAGGUCUGAACAGAGAGAUGCGUGAAGUUGUGGUCAGCACCGGUCUGGUGUCUCCUAGUGGACUAGCUGUGGAUCACGGCUCCCAGCAUCUGUACUGGUGUGACCUGAGCAGAGGUGUGAUUGAGUCAGCCAAGCUGGAUGGUUCAAAUCGCCAUAUACUAAGUGAAAACCAAGUAGGUCACCCGUUUGACGUUGCAGUAUUUGAGAAUGUGCUCUGGGUCAGUGACUGGGAGGGUCACCUGCUUCACCGGCUAGACAUGAGAACUGGACGAAACCUUGAACAUGUCCAUGAUGACACUAUCCAACCAGCUGCUCUGGCUGUUGUCCACCCUCUUGCCAAACCGGGAGCGGAUGUUUGUCUUCAUGAAAAUGGAGGAUGUGCCCAAGUGUGUGAGAGCAGACUGGGAUUGGCUCAUUGCUCAUGUCACUCAACACACAUUCUUUCAGCUGAUGGAAAAGACUGUCUGGCGAUUAAUACAUCAUUCACUGAAUCAGAUGACGGUGAAUCAAGUGAUCGUCUGAGAAAUAAAACACUGAAUGAUGAGAGCACACCACUGGCCAUGAUUUACACAGAGAAGAUGAUUUCAGACCAAGAUGACUGCUACUCUCUCAGAUGUGAUGCGAACGCUCAGUGUGUGCUGCAGGAGGACCGAGCCGUGUGUCAGUGUGUGAGAGGUUUCACCGGAGAUGGAGAACUGUGUGUGGACGUUGAUGAAUGCAAAGCAGGCCUGGCAGAUUGUAGUGUUUCUGAGGCUGAGUGUAUGAACACAGCAGGUGGAUAUUUCUGCCAAUGCAAGACUGGAUUCAGUGGAGAUGGUCAGCACUGUAUGGAUAUAGAUGAGUGCAGACUGAAUAUGCACGAUUGCGAUGUAAACGCAGAGUGUUUGAAUGCUGUAGGAAAAUAUCAGUGUAGAUGCCGAUCUGGGUUCACAGGCACUGGAUUCAGCUGUCAGGAGAAGUCUAAGGGCGCCCCCUCUUGGCCGAGUACGGGCAGUCCACUUGAUGUCACAUCGCCAUGGCAACACAAUAACGUUGUGCAGAGCUGCCCUUCCACUCAUGACUCGUACUGUCUGUAUGAUGGAGUGUGCUUCUAUUUCCCUGAGAUGGAGUCUUAUGCCUGCAACUGUGCAUUAGGCUACAUGGGGGAGCGCUGUCAGUUCAGUGAUCUUGAAUGGUGGGAGUUGCAGCAGGCUGAAGAAGAGAAGAGGAGGAAUAUGGCUAUCGCAAUGUGUAUUGUGCUCUUCAUCACUCUUCUGUCCAUCGCUGCCUGCAUCACUUACUGCUAUGGGUCUAAAAAACAUUUUGCAACAUGUCCCUCAGAGGAUGAUGUGGGUGACAUAAGCAUGAGUGAGGACAGUUUCACUGAGACAACAACAACCACUCCACAAGUCUAUGUAGUUUUGGACACCUCUCCCUGCGGUGAUGAAAAGGUCCUUCAUGUUGUAGGGUGUCCCAGAGCAACAAUAUUCCACUCUUGCUCUUCAGACGCCGGAGACAGUUUUGCUUCAGAAGAGACUGAGAAGCUACAGAGAGACAACUGUAGUCUGGAUGUUGCCAACUGCUCUGUAUCCUGCGAUGUGCACAAAUUUCUGGUUACAGAGAAGGCCACCGAUAAUCUCAUCUCCUUAGAAGACCCUCAGGCAGCACCCCAGUGAUUCACCACAAAAAUACUUCAUUGGUGGCUGACCCAUGAACUGCUAAUGUCAAUAUGUUCAAUGUUCAAAGUCACUGUCAUUCAGUGUUACAGUACAGUCAAAUAUGGGACAGCAUUCAAAACGAGGUUGUUUGAACAAGUUUCCACAUUCAAGUUGCACCAGUUAUUUGUCAACAUUUCAUACAAUUCAAGUGAAAUGUUACUCCUGGUCAGAUAUAAAUAUGCCAGUCAUGCUCACAUCAGCUGACUCUCAGCUGAUCCAUGUCUAGCUAUAGGAAUACAAAGUCUAUCACAGCAUCCAAAUAUACAGUAUAAGGUCCACUCAGUAUUAUUAGCAGCUUUAUCGCGUUGCUCAGGAGAUAAUAGCCCUCGUCCAUCCCCAGCUCCUCCUUUUGUCCAGUCAGGACUUGGCCUUCUGAUAUUCCUCUUCGAAUCAGAUUGUCAUUUGUCAUGAUUUAUGUCGUUACAUUAAAUUAUUGUCAUUACGAACAUUAAUGAAAUCUGCAAUACAUUUAUGUUGGUUCUGCUCUGUUUUCCCUAGGGGGGUUAUUGCUGCUUUCCCUGCUCUUAUCCAUGGUAGGCUGCAUGGAUGGGAGUUCUUGCACAGAACAGAACCAUACUGCCAAUCCAAACUGUAUGCUAAUUGUAAAUAAUCUUGGACGAUAGUGGUCCUGACAGAAAAGUAGGUCACUAUCCGGUCACUAUUUGAAGUAAGGAUAUGAGCCAUGCAGGGAAUCUGUAAAAACAGUGCACAUCCCUCAUAUGGUUUUAUGCGAUAUAUAUAAGAGCUGUAGGAUGUGUUGAGGCAGUCUAAAGAGAGUCCUGUUCAUCUGAAGAAGGUUGAAGGUUGUUGCGUUUGAGCCAUAAGCCACAUUAGAUGCAGAAUCCAAAACCUAUAAAUAGAGCUAUAGUAUGCAAUACACCACCUCAGAGCAUAUUGAGCAGCUUAUUGUUUUGUCUUUGUAUUAUAGUUAUGAAAACUGUCAUUGUUUUAUUAAUGGAGCGUGAAAAUACUGCUUUAUGAGCAGAAAAUAACAUGUACUCGGCCUGUUUUGCUUUAGGUGUUAUAGAACAACAUUUCAGUAGCAUAUCCGGACUUGCUAACAUCAGCAUUGGUGUCACAAAGAUAUUACUAGAUGAAAUGCAUCUACAAUGAACCAACAAUAAAAUCUCAGGUAUCAAAACAUUAUUAGAUAGAUAACAUUUGCUAUCAAAAAGAUAUAAACAGAUUUCAAAAUGUGAUAUUUAAGAGAAUUAAAGUCUGAAAUUAGUGAAUGAAUCACGCUUAAAUUAUUCAAGAACAGGAAAGUUUAGUAGUCAAAUAUCUCACAAGUCAUGGGAAAUUAAAAGCAGUAUUUUGGCAGCAAGUUAUAUGUAUAUCUGUGUAUCUAUCAGACAAUGUAUAUGCUGGGAUUAUUAGGUUUUAACCUACAUCUGCUGUUUUGAGCCAAAAAUAAAAUAAAUUAGACCAGAAAGUACAACAUCCGACCUAAUGCCAUUUGUUCUCUCUCCAUUUUUAUCAUCUUAUUUUUUGUUAUUGAUGUCAUGUUGGAUUUACAUAUAGAUAUAGAUAUAGACAUGUAAACAUCCCAGAAUAAACAAGACAAUGAAGCUCCUUGUGCAUCAUCUCCCAAUCCUCAUUUGCACUAAAGCACAAAAUAUAGCAUUUGAAGAGAGAAAAAGCAUACCAAAACAUGCAGACAAUGAUGACGCUAAAAGCAUUUAAAUAAUAAAAAAUAGUUUUAUAUCUAAAUAUAUGUAAAGAUAAUUUGUUGGUGCUUAAUUUGAUCUGUUAAUUGUGUGCUACACAACUUUCAGAUGAUGAUUAGAGUGCUUAAAAGUUUAGUUCACCCAAAAAUGAAAAUAAUGUCAUUUAUUACUCACUCUACAGUGGUUCAAUAUUAAUAUUA